AUGACGGUUCUAAACCAGGAACCCUUGAAGAGGCAGGAUCUCAGGAAUAUUCUGGAUGUCCUGGUGCCCUGGUCCUGCGGACUGGAGCACAGCUCAGGUGGACAGCCAUGGCGUUCCCAGCACAGCUCAGACCUCAGCGAGCCCAAGGGGACGUACAGCCCUCUGCUGCCGGGCUGUGGCCAGGCCUUUGGUGACCUCAUCCCUGCCUGCCUUUGGCAGGGCCUUUGUGGGGGCCAGCGGUCUGGGCAGGAGCCCCAGCCAGGGGUCAGCGGGCUCAACGCCUGCUCUACCAUGGGAGCUGACUCCCGCUCUGUGCCCAGCAUCCAGAGGCACCUGGCUCGGCUGCAUCUGCCCAGGCCCACUGCUGUGCUGGAUGCCCCUGGUGGGGUCUAUGGGCACAACCAUGAAGCCCUGUCCCUGUCACAGAAGGCCUUGUCCACCCUGAAGGCCCCCGACGGCAGCUGCCUGGGCAAGAGUAGUGCCAUGUCCUCAGCUCACAGAGGAUGGAAUCACUUCACUCCUGCUCCUGCUCCUGCUCCUGCUCCUGACCCUGCUCCUGCCCCUGCUCCUGCCCCUGCUCCUGCUCCUGCUCCUGCUCCUGCCCCUGCUCCUACCCCUGCUCCUGCUCCUGCUCCUGCUCCUGCUCCAGCCCCAGCUCCUGCUCCCCCUGCUCCUGCUCCUUCUCCUGCCCCUGCUCCUGCCCCUGCCCCUGCUCCUGUCCCUGCUCCUGUCCUUGAUCCUGCCCCUGCUCCUGCUCCUGCCCUUGAUCCUGCCCCUGCUCCUGCCCCUGCUCCUGCUCCUGCCCCUGCUCCUGUUCCUGCCCCUGCUCCUGUUCCUGUCCCUGCUCCUGCCCCUGCUCCUGCUCCUGCUCCUGCUCCUGCCCUUGAUCCUGCCCCUGCUCCUGCCCCUGCUCCUGCUCCUGCUCCUGCUCCUGCCCUUGAUCCUGCCCCUGCCCCUGCUCCUGCUCCUGCUCCUGCUCCUGCCCAUGCCCCUGCUCCUGCUCCUGCUCCUGCUCCUGCUCCUGCUCCUGAUCCUGCUCCUUCCCCUGCUCCUGCUCCUGCUCCUGUCCCUGCUCCUGCCCCUGCUCCUGCUCCUGCUCCUGUCCCUGCUCCUCCUCCUGCUCUUUCUCCUGCUCCUGCUCCUGUCCCUGCUCCUUCCCCUGCUCCUGAUCCUGCUGCUGCCCCUGCUCCUGCCCCUGCUCCUGCUCCUGCCCCUGCUCCUGCUCCUGCUCCUUCUCCUGCCCCUGCUCCUGCUCCUGCCCCUGCCCCUGCUCCUGUCCCUGCUCCUGCCCCUGCCCCUGCUCCUGCCCCUGCUCCUGCUCCUGCCCCUGCUCCUGCUCCUGCUCCUUCUCCUGCCCCUGCUCCUGCUCCUGCCCCUGCCCCUGCUCCUCUUGCCCCUGCUCCUGCCCCUGCACCUGCUCCUGCUCCUGCUCCAGCUCCUGAUCCUGCUCCUGCCCCUGCUCUUGCCCCUGCUCCUGCUCCUGCUCCUGAUCCUGCUCCUGCUCCUGCCCUUGAUCCUGCCCUUGCUCCUGCUCCUGUCCCUGUUCCUGCUACUGCCCCUGCCCCUGCCCCUGCUCCUGCUCCUGCUCCUGCCCCUGCCCCUGCCCCUGCCCCUGCUCCUGCUCCUGCUCCUGCUCCUGUCCCUGCUCCUGCUCCUGCUCCUGCUCCUGCCCCUGCCCCUGCCCCUGCCCAUGCUCCUGCUCCUGCCCCUGUCCCUGCUCCUGCUCCUGCUCCAGCUCCUGCCCCUGCCCCUGCCCCUGCCCCUGCUCCUGCUCCUGCCCCUGUCCCUGCUCCUGCUCCUGCUCCUGCUCCUGCUCCUGUCCCUGCUCCUGCUCCUGCUCCUGCUCCUGCCCCUGCCCCUGCCCCUGCCCAUGCUCCUGCUCCUGCCCCUGUCCCUGCUCCUGCUACUGCCCCUGCUCCUGCCCCUGCCCCUGCCCCAGCUCCUGUUCCUGCCCCUGCCCCUGCUCCUGCUCCUGCUCCUGCUCCUGCCCCUGCCCCUGCCCCUGCUCCUGCUCCUGCUCCUGAUCCUGUUCCUGCUCCUGAUCCUGUUCCUGCCCCUGCCCCUGCCCCUGCUCCUGCUCCUGCUCCUGAUCCUGCCCCUGCCGUUGCCCCUGCUCCUGCUCCUGAUCCUGUUCCUGCCCCUGCCCCUGCACCUGCCCCUGCUCCUGAUCCUGUUCCUGCCCCUGCCCCUGCUCCUGCUCCUGCUCCUGCUCCUGCCCCUGCCCCUGCCCCUGCUCCUGCUCCUGCCGCUGCUCCUGCCCCUGCUCCUGCUCCUGCUCCUGCUCCAGCUCCUGAUCCUGCUCCUGCCCCUGCUUCUGCUCCUGCCCCUGCCCUUGCUCCUGCUCCUGCCCUUGCCUCUGCUCCUGUCCCUGCUCCUGCCCUUGCCCCUGCUCCUGCUCCUGCCCUUGAUCCUGCCCCUGCCCCUGCUCCUGCUCCUGCUCUUGCUCCUGCUCCUGCUCCUGUCCCUGCUCCUUCCCCUGCUCCUGAUCCUGCUCCUGCCCCUGCUCCUGCCCCUGCUCCUGCUCCUGCUCCUGCUCCUGCUCCUGCCCCUGCUCCUGCUCCUGCUCCUUCUCCUGCCCCUGCUCCUGCUCCUGCUCCUGCCCCUAUUCGUCAGGAUACCCUCACACACACCCAGAACCACGUUGACCAGCAGUCUGGGCACCCUGUGGCCCAGUCAAGUGGACACGUAGAAUUACGCCUUGCAGUCCCCCUCCAGGGUGACUCCCUCGACAGCGGCCACAGCACCGCCUCCUGCUCCCACCCCUCCACGGCUCCAGGUGUCUUCUCUCCAGAGUGCCCGGCACGCCCUUACCUGCUGUCUGCCCCUGACCAAGGACAGGUGUUUGGUCCCCUCUGUCACUGCUACGGGUGCGGCUCCAGGGUGGUCGUGUGUGUUCAGCAAGUGAUGGUGACGCCACCUCCCUGCCCGCCAUCUUCAAGGAUCAGGCCUCCCCCUGCCUCGCUUCCCAGCCUGCUGAUCUGCUGCCACCCCCAUUUCCGGUUUGGCCAACGUGGGGAUGCUCCAGUCCCUGGGUGGGGGCUGGGGCAGGGCAGGCUGAGCCUCCUGGAACCCGCUUGA